AUGGUUCAAUUACCGGCAGAUGCUCCUUCACCAAGGCUCUGCAUUGUGGAGAAAAAUUCACCAGAUCAGGAGUAUGGAUACAAUCUUCAUGCAGAACGAGGUCGCGGCCAGUUUGUGGGGAUGGUCGACAAGGGCUCUCCCGCGGACUUAGGCGGGCUGCGUAUGGGCGACCGAAUUUUUGCCGUCAACGGGCAUAGUAUCAUUGGAGAAAGUCACAAAAAGGUAGUCGAACGUAUCAAGGAAAACGCCACCCGUUGUGAAAUGCUGGUCAUAUCAGAAGAGGGAGCUCAGUGGUAUCAAGAUCACGGAAUUGAAAUUAAUAUGCAGCUUCCUAACAUAGAAAGAGUAAAUUCACACGGUGCCAUUCACACAGUACCGAUUGUGUGA